ACAAGUUACUUUUAUCAUAACCAAUAAUAUAGUUUAGACUUUCUUAUACUAAUUACUAUGCCAACUAAGACAAGAACCUAAGUUGUCCAAGUAUCUUAAUUGUUUGGGUUUCCACUUUUGGUACAUCUUAUGCAACAUGGUGAAGAAAAUAAGGUCUGAGAAUUUUGGUCCAUUUUCUUUGCAAAACCACAACCUUGUCUGUGUUAAAUUUGCAGCAGCAUUUUUCUUGGUUGGUUUUGGUUUUCGUCUUCUCUUAUGGGAUUCAUUCACUUUUUCAUUUGUGUUAGAGACACAAACACAAACACAAACACCUCCUUCUCCUCCUCUCACAGAAACAAAAGCAGAGUCCUCUGUUGUCUCUUCUCUCCUUAAGACACCAGAAUCUGAUGAUUUUCAAGUAAACAACAAGAGCCAAACCUCUUUGAAUGUUUCAGGAAAAUGUGAUUUAUUUGUGGGAGAUUGGGUGGCUGAUCUAUCUAAUCCAAUGUACACUAAUGAGAGCUGCCAUGUGAUUGAAUCACCUCAAAAUUGUAUGAAAAAUGGAAGGCCUGAUUUAGGGUACCUUUAUUGGAGGUGGACCCCACAAGAGUGUGAAUUACCAAAGUUGAACCCAAACAAUUUUCUUAAUCUCAUGAGGAAUAAAGCAAUGGCUUUUGUUGGUGAUUCCAUCUCACGCAACCAUGUUCAGUCCCUACUUUGCAUUUUGUCACAGGUGGAACCAGCUAUUGAGGUCUACCAUGACAGAGAAUACAGAUCAAAGAUAUGGAAAUUUCCCUCUCACAACUUCACACUCUCAGUAAUAUGGACCCCUUUCCUUAUCAAAGCAAUUAUUCAUGAGGACAUGAAUGGAGUUUCAUCUUCAUUGGUACAGCUUCACCUUGACACUCUUGACAACCAAUGGACCAAACAAUUCAACAAUUUUGACUAUGUUGUAAUUGGUGGUGGAAAAUGGUUUCUCAAGUCAGCAAUAUACCGCGAAAACAACACAGUAACCGGCUGCCAUUUCUGUCCUGGAAAGAAUUUAACCGAGUUAGGGUUCGACUACGCAUACCGAAAAGCACUACAACUUGUUUUCAACUUCUUCACAAAUUCUAAUCACAAUGCAACUGUUUUGUUUAGAACUACUACACCUGAUCAUUUUGAAAAUGGUGAAUGGUUUAGUGGAGGGUAUUGCAAUAGAACUGUGCCUUUCAAAGAGGGUCAAAUAGAUAUGGUGGCUGUAGAUUCUAUCAUGAGAGGGAUUGAAGUUGAAGAGUUUGAGAAGGCUAAUACAUUACUAGGAUUUGAGAAUGGUGUGAAGUUGAAACUUUUGGACACAACUUUUCUUUCAUUGUUGAGACCAGAUGGACAUCCAGGACCUUAUAGACAGUUUCAGCCAUUUGCAAGAGAUGAGAAUGGUAAAGUUCAGAAUGAUUGUUUGCAUUGGUGUUUACCUGGACCAAUUGAUUCAUGGAAUGAUAUAGUAAUGGAAAUGCUAGUUAAUGGUCAAUAAUGUGAAAAUAAUCAAUCUGUCAUUGGAUCACUAAGGUUUGAACUUUGAAGCUGGUUACAACAAAGAUCAUUUGAAGUUUUGUACCAAAAGAUAUCAGGUUGAGCUCUUAUCUGUAGAUGUAAUUGUACAUCAAAACUUGCAUAAGUCGAAUGAGGCGGGGAAACGUAAUCAGUUUGUUGCAGAACAAUAUGUAAAACCUUAGUACUCAAGUAAAAACACAUUUCAUGUCUUUUUCAUCAUAAUAAUGUUUAUAAUGAAUAUAGGCCUAUUUAAUUUUAUGCUCAAAUAAAGAAGAAAAAUUGAAUGUAGAGUGGACAGACCAGUGCAAAUUUCAUUUUCAUGUACUACAACCAUGUUUCUUGCAUACCUUGAUAACAUCAAAGUACUAACAGUAAUUAGGAAGGGACAUAUAUGUGCAAAUAAAACAUGUAUGAAAGGGCAUUCUUGUGUAAGGCAUUAGUAUAAAAAUUUAUAUUUGUUGCCUUUUUGCAAACUGAAUUUU